AUGACGAUGAAAAGAGGAGGAACAAAGAGAAAGAUUGAGAUUAAGAAACGCGACUCUAAACAGCAACGCUCGGUGGCUUGCAGCAAACGCCGUCAAACUCUCUUCUCCAAAGCCGCUGAUCUCUGUCUUCUCUCCGGAGCCAACAUCGCCGUCUUCGUAACCUCUCCGGCAGAGAACUCCGAUGUGGUUUACUCCUUCUCUGGCUACUCUCCUGCCUCUGAAAUUGCUGAUUGCUACCUCAACGGAAGGUCUCCUCCGAAGAUUACUAACACCCAAACAAAGCUAGGGUUUUGGUGGGAAGACCUUGAUCUCUACCGUUAUUGCGACGACCUGUGUGAAUUAAAGAUUAUCGAGGAUCAUAUGAUGAGAACAAAGAAGCAUCUAAUGGAUUGCAUUGAGAAGAUAGAAAUAUCACAAUUUGUUUCGAAUUCUGAUCAAAACCCUAGCUCCUCUUCUCUCGACGAAAACCCAAAGUCCUCGUCUCCAGAACAAAAGAACUCUACUUUCUCCUCCCUCGAGAAGAUCUGUGGCGCACAAGUUAUUUGUUACGAUCAAAACCCUAGUUUCCGGCCUAUUGAAGAUCUCUAUCUCGAUGGCGAGUCGGCAGCAUUAUACGAUCAAUCAGGUUACUUGCGUAACAGAGUGAGUCUUAUCCAAGAAAUACAAUCCACCAUAACCAAUGAGGAGGAUCAAAGCUUGUGGGAAAAUUUGUAUAACGUGUUUUGUCUUAACAACGACGACAACAACAUCAAGCUUGAGGUUCCACUUUCAGAUCAUUCCUCAAUUGAAGAAGAAGAAGAGUUGAUGAUCGAUAUCAGUGAAUAUGUCAACGAAGAAGAAAUCUAA